GCAAAUGAGGCGGAUAUUCGGGUGAAGUUUAGAUAAUUGUUUGGCGAAAUUCUGCGAUAAAUCUCCACUUAUCUGUUGAUUUUUUUUUGUAAACGACAACAAUCAAUUUCAUAUACGUCUACUGGUAUAUUUAUGUAAGCUUGAUUUAAUCAAUGUUACACUCUUCCUGAAGAGAAAUAACGCAUUCUGCUAACUUUCCGACGCCGGUAAACGCACUGGAAUCUGUCCGUGUAAAUCAGACUGACAGCACAUUAAAACUCCUUUAUCUGUUAUAUUUAUUGUUCUUUAAGUUUUGAAGAGUUAACGAUUUCAUAGCUAGUUUAUUUAUUAGUUUCAGUCAUCAGAAAAUAACCCUAAGUUCGCCUGUGCUGAAUAUCUGUGUUCAUUCAGUAGUAACAGGUGGAAAGUGACAGACUACUGAUUUAUUUUAGGUGUUACUCUGAUUUUUUCUCUCUCUCCACAAUGUCAUGCACGUCUUGAGAAACGAUUUAGUUUAGCGAUUUACUUAUGUCUAACUACACUACACAACUGUAUGGUUAUGUUUCGAAUAAGAAUUCAUAUUGUGACGCAUGACUUACAUCACAUACGUCACUCACCACAUUGAGUCCUCUGGUUUCAGUGUUGUGGGAGUUCUGACUUGCAACAAUGUGCAGGCUGCUCAAGUACAGCUUGAGCCACUUGCUUUAUGCUGCAAUGACCCGGCUAGAUGAAGCCAACAAAGGGGUCAACAUGUGGUCGAUUCGUUACCUCGGAUACCUGUCCAGCCUGAGUUCAUUGGUCGCAAUUUGCUGGGGAUUUUAUGUACAAUGGGUGAAGACUGACAACACUAUUAUCUUGGUCAUUUUUAUUUUGGGCCUUUUUGUACUUGGGAUUGCCAGUAUUCUCCACUACUAUUUUGGUAUGGAGAGGGUCAGCCUCUUUCUGUUGCAUGUAUGGUUUGGUUUCCUUCUUGGCUUGCUGUGCUUCCUCAAUAUCCCAUCCAAAGAGGAAGAUGUUAAGGAGCAGGUGGCCAACUAUAUGUUAGUAGCCAGCGUGGUGAUAAGAAUCCUAUGGGCUUUAGUUGAAAGAAUGUGCGGUUGCACUCAGCAUCAACCUGCGUUCCUCAAAUCAAGGGAAGCCCUGGAGCUCACAGGCUUUGCCAUGGCCAGCACAACUCUGGUUGGCCAUAAAUCCAUAAGCCUCAUUGCUCUGACACUCUCCUUGGCUGCUCUAAUUGUGGACUUACGCAUGAAGUCCUACCUGGCCCUUCCAAAUCUGACCUGCUUCUCUGUGGUCGCAGCAUUCUUCUUCCAGGAGUCUUUAGGAGUUUCCACCAACCCCUUCGCCUUGUCGUGCUUCUUAAGCCGCCUCGUCUGUGACCCUUUCCUGGAUGUCUACUUCAGCGGCCUUUCAGUCACUGAACGCUGGUCUCCACUCUUAGUGAGAAGAGGCUUCUGGAGGCACCUGUCCCUCCUUCCUCUAGUUGUAGUGGAGGUAGCCUUCCUCAUCAUGGCUGCCCUAAAGAUGAGAGAUCUGGAUCGCUGGUACCUGUUGAUCCCAGGUCUUUCAGUCUUCACAAUUAUCUGGAUCAUCUGCCACUUGGUUUUCUUGGUCACAUUGUGGGGUUUCCACAGUAAGCUGAGUGAUUGUCAGAGACUGUGCAUGGCGGACAUGUCAGAGGCUGGAGAACUGGACAGGGUCAUGGCAUCUAAGGGCAUGCGCCACUUCUGCCUCAUAUCAAAACGCCUGGUGCUGUUCAGCCUGGUGUCCACCAUCAUACUAGGAGCUCUGGCAUGGCAGCCAUUCAACAGUCUAUUUAUUGCCUUGUUUUUGCUGGUACUACCACUGGAGUCACUAGCCCACGGCCUCUUCCAUGAGCUGGGAAACAGCCUUGGAGGAACCUGUGUGGGCUAUGCUGUGGUCAUUCCUACCAACUAUUGCAGCCCAGACGGUCAGCCCACCCUACUGCCCCCGGCUCAUGUGCAGGAACUCAACUUGCGCUCAACAGGGAUGCUGAACAAUGUGCAACGCUUCUUCUCCCAUCACAUGAUCGAGACCUACGGUUGUGACUACUCCACCAGCGGCUUGAGUCUGGAAGCCCUGCAAGCCAAGCUCCGCAAUUUCAUGGAGGUCCACACGACUGACGGCCCACGCCACGACACCUACAUGCUCUUUUAUAGUGGCCACACACACCGCAGUGGAGAGUGGGCCCUAUCAGGUGGAGACAUUUUGCGUCUAGACAAGAUUGUGCAGCUCUGGAGGGAGAAGAACGCUGGUUUCUGCUCCCGCCUUAUCAUUAUUCUCGACACAGAGAACUCCCUCCCUUGGGUGAAAGAGGUACAGAACAUUGAGGGACUUUAUGUAGCAGUUCAAGGGGCUGUGCUCUGUAGUCCCACAGACUUGGAGCUCCAGGACACACCUCAGCUUGGGGACUUCACCUCUCAAUGGGUCGAUUUUAACUGCAACCCUGAGAGCAUUGUCCGCUGGUCUGAGCGUGGACGGACUGUCCGAGCUUUCUAUGGCAUCUCCAGACACUGGAGUGACUACAAGCUCCACCUCCCCACUGAAAAAGAUGUGACCAGGCACUGGAGCUUGUACUUCCCACGCUUGACUUACCCUGUGGUUCAGCUCGCCCACUGGUGUGGUGGACUGAACCUCUUCUGGGUUUGCGGUUACUGCAUUCGGCUACUCCGAAGGGUCAAACUCACAUGGUUCCCUCCUGCGGUGCUAGAUACAGGCCAAGGUUUCAAGCUGGUUAAAUCGUAGA